AGUUAAUGUCGAGAUUUAAUAGUAUGCUCUCGUUUUUAUAUUAUUAGCUCAAUCUCAAUUUGGAGUUAAUCAAGGAGCUUUAGGAAUUCAAUAAUCAUUCUAAUAGAAGAAUCAACAUGAAAUAGUUAAUAAGAAUAAAAAUCUUUAAGAGAUGAAGACUGAACUGGAAAGAGAGAAAGAAAACAGUACUAUGUAUCAAAGAUUACGUACUAUAAAUUAUUUAAUAAAUUUAGUUGAAAAAGCUUUAAAAGAAAUUUAACAAUAUAUUAACAGAUUUGGAUCAUACACUAGUACAGAUGAUGAUGAAAAUGAAUCAAGAUAAGAGGCGCCUCAUUUAAGAACAGAGUUCACAUGGAAAAAGUUGUAACCAUUGUUAGACUGUUUUGAUGAAUAAAUAGCAGAACAAAAACAUAUAGUAUUUGAAUUUAAAUAAUUUUUAUAAUAAAGAUUGAGAUAUACAAAUAAGAUAUUAGUUAAUUAGAAUAGUUAUCAAAACAAUUUGUGGAAGAAAAUUAGAUGUUGAGGGAAUAAUUAGAAAAAAAAUGUGAAAUAAUUUUAAAUAUUUAUUAAAAUGGAACAAUUUAAGAUUACAUGGCUAAUCUAUACAGUAAUAUAUAUAUCUAUAAAAAGAACGAUUAUAGAAGGAUGAUUGGGCAGAGAAAGUCAAAGAACUUACAUAAGAAAAUCAUACAUUAUUAAAGAAUUACAAAGAACUUUUAGGAAAAUUAAAAGAAUUAUAAAGAGAUUCUGAUUUAUAUAAAAAAUAAGUUAAGGAGCAUUAAUAAAGAAAUGAAAAAUUAUCAUCUGAAAUUAGCGAAAUUAGGGAUUAAAAAUUAGAUUUUUAACGAAAAUAUGAAGAUCUACUAAACUCGAAUAAAGAUGUUGAUAGUAAAAUAAGAGAAGUUAAAAAUUAAAAUGUAAAAUUUGAAUAGGAAAAUAUGAAAUUAAUAAUACAAUAUGAAGAAUUAGAUAAAAGAUAUUAAACUUUAAAAAAUGAUUCUGAAAAUGAAAAAAUAGAAUUUGAAUCAUAAAUAGAUAAUUUGAGUACAGAGAUUUCAGAAAAAUCAAAAUAACUUAAGGAAUUGUAAGCUUAAAAUCUUAUAAUUAACAAGGAAAAAGAUUAAAUUUUUUAAGAUUCAACCAAUUUUAAAUCGAAACUCAAAGAAUAAGAACUAUAAAAUAAUUAAAAAUAGUAAGAAAUAGAAAAACUCAAUAGACAAAUUGAAGUUAUUUAAAAAACCGAAGAGGAACAGUAAAAUAUAAUUUAAAUUAAUAGCAAAAAGUAGUCUCAAUUAAGAGCUGAAAAGGAAAGAAAAUUAGUUUAAGAGAUUGAUAAUUUAAACUUAACAACAAGAUAAUAAUAAUAGUAAAUUGAUUCCAUGACCUAAUCACAUUAAAAUUAAAUAGAAUCUUUAAAGAAGGAGAAAGAUAAUCUAAUAGAAUAGUUAAAGGUUAAGUAUAAAUAAUCAAUUGAAAAUAGAGAUAAUGUAAAUUAUAAACAAAUAUUAGAAAAUAGAGGAAUUAGAGCAGCUUAUCAAUUAAAAAGAUCUUAUGAAUGAAAAAUUAUAAAAAGAAAAUAAUCGGGUAAAGUAAGAAAAGGAAGAUUUUGAAUAAAGCAUAAAAGUUGAUAAAUAUAAGUUAGAACAUGAAAACAGCAAUUAUAAAUAAAAGAAUUAAGAAUUAGAAGAUUAAAUUUUAAGAAGAGAAUAAUACUAUGAAGAUAAAAUAUAAGGUUUGAAAAUGGAUAAAGAAUAACUUGAACUGCAAGUAUAUAUUUUUAGUAAAUUAGAAUAAAAAUAUUAAUUAAUUGAUUAAUGAAUUAAAAUAGUAAAAUGAAUAAAUUAGAAAAAAAGCUAAUCAAAUUGAAGUUGAAAAUUACGAAUUAAAAGAUAAAGUGAAUUAAUAAGGACGUUCAGUAGUUCAAGGUACAAAUUCCAAAAUAUUGAGAUCAUAUGUUCCUUAAUGA